AUGCCAUGGACACUUGAAAUAGAAGAGCUCUGUAUUCCCAUUACAGAAAUAGCACAAGAAAAAGAAGAUUGGGUUGCAAAAGCUAUUCUCAUUGAGAAAACAGCUCCCCGUAUCAGUAAAGAUGGAAGUACUACAUUUCAGAAAUAUCUGUUCCUUGACAAAGAGAAAAGUACAAUCCAAGCUGUCUCAUACACAAGAGACAUACAAGCUCUAGAUCAAGCACUUGUCUUGUACUCUACAUACUACAUUGGCAAUGCAAAGGUGGAGCCUAUAACAAUAGAAAAUUUCAGAUACUGCACUUCACCAUUUCAACUAACCUUGACCAGAGGUACAUUCAUCAAAGAAGCAGAUCAAGAAAACCAGUAUCCUAUCGAUCAGUGCUACAAUUUUACACCAUUCAGAGACUUCUAUAAGUACAUGGAUACAAAUACAAAUCCGAUAACUCUGCUAUGCACUGUCAUUGGAGCUCUUCCCCGUCGCUUCAUUGCACGACAAAGAGGCGAUUAUCCAAUUCAAGAAUUCAUCAUCCUAAAUCAAGAACAAAAGCCAAUGAUACUUACAAUGUGGCCAAAAUUCAUUGACAUUGAAGCACAAUACCUUCUGAGGAUCUUAAAUCAAUCCCCGACAUUGAUUAUAACAAGAGCCAAAGUGACUUCAGUACAUGUUUUAUCUGUCGAGACACAAACAAUGAGUGCUAUCUUGUUUGAUCCACAAAUCCCUCAAGCACUAGAACUCAAAAGUUGGACCAAAGCAAGCAGACCUUAUAUUGAGCAAGUUUUAGCAAAAAAACUUUAUGAUGCAACUCAUCAAACAGUCCAACCUCCUCCUGAAGAACAUAUGCACGACAUCAGCUAUGCACUAAAUACUCCUUAUCUGGCAAAGCCAUUCUGGAUCAAAGCCAAAGCAAAGAUAGUUCAGCCUCAACAUCGACUCUACAUCCUUACCUGUCCAGCUUCUAAUUGCAAGAAACAAACUGGAGCUCAAGCAAAUUUCAACUUCUUAUGCCGUCAUUGCAACAUGACAUUUGCAAAACCACUGCCAAGGCUCAAGUUCUUAGUGCAACUGUCUGAUACUACUGGAACAAUUACUGCACAAAUUGAAGACCAGCAUGCUCAACACAUUCUCAACAUCUCUGCUGAAGACAUACUCUACAUGACACUAAAGAACCAAAUUCCAGAUAUUGCAGACAUCAAUAUAAAGCUCCAUAUGAGCACAUUUCGUUUUCAAGUCAGGAAAUUCACUCAUCCUCUACAAAACACAAUUGUAGCAAAGUACAACAUCCUCGCUUGUCUACCAAUUGAAGAUCCUACACAGACCCCUGCACCAGCAACCAAUGAAGCCUCAUCAUCAAACCUACCUGAUCAACAAAUUGCAACUGAAGAUUCAAGCAAAGACACAACCAAUCCAACCAUCGCACAAGCUACAGCAACUAAGAAAAGAGAUCCACCAGCAACAAUCACUGACCAGCCAAAGCACCAAAUAAUCGACUAA